GUAAUAAUCAAUUAAUUUUAAUAAAAGGUUUUGAAAAUGAGGAUAUACACUAGCAAUUAUAAGAUUGUGCUCAAUAGUAAACAUUCUUCUCUUUUUCCCUCACUACUGUUGCUGCACAGACUGUAAAGAGACACAGAAGAAAGCAUAUAGAAUCUCAAAAUCCAAGCUCGUCAGGUACUCUUCUGCCUAGUUCUCUUCGACCCAUUUUAGCUAACUGUGUACCUUUAGAACCCGGACGAUAUAUUUUUAUUCUUAUUAUUUUACAUGCUUGCUUUUAGUUUUUAUUUGGAUGAUUUUUAUUUUGGAGAUUUUGUGAAAUUCCUACUACUUAUAGAUAAAACCAACUACUUUAUGGGCUUGAAAGAGUCUUUCCUUUUAUUUUGCAGAUUGAUUGAUUGGUUUCUUUUAGGAUGAAAACAAGAGGAAAAGCUUAUGGUUAGUUGGAAAAUGAAGACUCUGUUUUUAACAAGCUCUUUUUAAUAUAAUUCUUAUGUAACGUUUGAAAUACGGGAUAUUUGUUCUGACGUUUGAUUGGGUUUGUUGGUGUUUCAAGCGGAAAUAUUUGAAAGUUGAAAUCUUUUUCAAGAACCUUUAGGGUUUAAGGACAGAAAAUUGGGUUUAUCAUUUCAUUCUGAAGAUGGUUUUUCUCUGUUUGUGUUGUGAAAAUUUCAAAAUUAAGUUUGUCUUGUUAAUGGAUUGGAGUUGAGAGUUGAGAACCCUUUAGUUAAGUGAUUACUUCUUGAUAUAUAAAGAAGCUAAGGCUCAUUAACUUGGGGCGUGUCGGUUCUCUACUGCAAACCUUUUCCACUAGAAAAAUAACUUUUCUUGGUCUUGCUUUGAUACAUUUGGGAUUUGGCGGCCAUUGAGUUACUGUUGAAUUUCAUAAACCCACUAGAGUUUUGUCUCCCUAACCUUCAUCAAUGUCGGAAAAGAGCAUAUUUCCCUCGAGGUUUCUUUUCUACUUGAUAACCAUUUCCAUGUUCCUUUUGAUCCUUUCUUCUGUGUUCCUUCUUGAAUUCAGUAGUAGUUCUUUUAUACCAAGAUCAGUUUUCAAGCUGAUUCUGCUCAAUCGCACGUCAGUUUACUUAAAGCCCAAUAUCAAGAGUGAACAAAUUGAACUGCCUUUUCUUUCAUCUGUGGCAAAAACUCCAAUGAAUAGUGGAGAGGUGGCAUGUCAGAGAUCCAGUUCUGGGAAGGAAAAGAUUGGUUCUUUUGGACAACAGAAAAGAAAAAAUUGUGACCGAAGUCAGGCUCUUUUAAGGGUGUACAUGUAUGAGUUACCUCCUGAAUUUCACUUUGGAUUAAUGGGUUGGAAGGGAAAGGCAAACGAGACAUGGCCCGAUGUUAGCAAACCAAGUCAAAUUCCACCAUACGCAGGUGGGUUGAAUUUACAGCACAGUAUGGAGUACUGGCUUACUCUCGAUCUUCUAUCAUCAAAUACAGCAAAUUUUGGAAGACCAUGUUCUGCAAUUAGAGUCAAGAAUUCAAGUCAAGCAGAUGUAAUUUUCGUGCCUUUCUUCUCGUCUUUGAGCUACAACCGCCACUCUAAGGUUCAUGGAAAGGAGAAGAUUAAUGUUAACAAGAUGUUGCAAAAGAAAUUGGUUCAGUUUUUGGAAGAUCAGGAUGAAUGGAAAAGAUUGGGUGGGCACGAUCACAUAAUAGUGGCUCACCAUCCAAAUAGCAUGGUGGAUGCAAGAAAUAAGUUGGGUUCAGCCAUGUUUGUGCUUGCAGAUUUUGGAAGAUACCCCAUGGAAAUAGCAAAUAUUGAGAAAGAUAUUAUCGCUCCUUACAUGCAUGUUGUGAGGACCAUUCCCAGUGGUGAAUCAUUGCCAUUUGAAAAACGUCCUACAUUAGUUUAUUUUCAAGGAGCAAUAUACAGAAAAGAUGGAGGAGUCAUUCGCCAGGAAUUAUAUUACCUUCUGAAAGAUGAAAAAGAUGUACACUUUGCAUUUGGAAGCAUUCGAGGAGAUGGGGUCAAAACUGCAGGCCAAGGCAUGGCCUCAUCUAAAUUUUGCCUCAAUAUAGCAGGUGAUACCCCUUCCUCAAAUCGCCUCUUUGAUGCAAUUGCAAGCCACUGCGUUCCUGUGAUAAUAAGUGACGAGAUUGAGUUACCAUACGAAGAUGUCUUAGACUACUCAGAGUUUUGCAUAACUAUUAAUUCCUCUGAUGCUGUCAAGAAAGGAUUUCUUCUAUAUCUUCUCAGGGGUAUCAAGCAAGACCAGUGGACCAAGAUGUGGGAAAGGUUAAAGGAAAUUGUACACUACUUUCAAUAUCAAUAUCCAUCCCAGCCCGGCGAUGCUGUAGACAUGAUUUGGCAGGCGGUUUCACAUAAGGCAUCUUCUAUACGAUUUAAAAUUCACAGGCAGAACAGAUACAGUAGAUCUCAGAUUAUGGUAAAUAGCAAUUUUAAUGAAAAAUCUCACUGAAGAUUGAUAUAUUUCUUGACUUGACAUGAUUUGGUUGAGUUGUGAGAUUUUGAAAGAGAGACAUAGUUUUAUUGAAAAUCUAUCAGAGCUUUGUUUCUCGUUUACUCGUUCCUUUUC